AUGCUCGCCAAAAGCAUCGACGUCAAGGUCCGGCCUUUGGCAAGUGCAAGCCUCGAAAAGGCGAGCCUUCACGGCGCCGCCCGUGUGUACGUGAGCAAGGAGACUCUGCUCUCGUUGACCGGCACAUUAGAGGUCGGAAAGCAUUGUAUUCUCACGAGGCUAGAGAGCGCCGCCACAAAGGAUUCCGUCAGGGAAGAUGGCCCUCAACAAGAGCUGCAGCGAGAAGCCUCGCUAUGGAGCAUCAAGGAAAAGAACCUCAGCCCCAACGUUGCCGUCAUGACAAGGGCAUUCCAAGAGGCUGCAGGCUUCAAGAUCGGCGACCUCAUUCGAAUUUCACUUGCGGGAACAACGCCCAACGCAGAUGAGAUAGUUGUGCAGGAUGUGACCGAGAAAACAGACAAAACGUCAGACGAUUUUGAGCGGUUAGAGGAAUACGAGAAAGCGGCAAAGUAUACGCCACCAUGGGAGGCUUUAAUCGCGCCUGCUUUUGUGCGUGCUGAACUGGUGUUUCCCGGAAUGGUGGUGGAGGCAACGCUCAGCAGCAAAUGGCGACGAAAUUUCAAGGUCAUAUCCGUAAACUCACAUACCAACAGCUUGGGAAGGUUCGAUCCCGGCUCUACGAACAUCACAAUUGCAGAUGAGAACGCAGCAAAUGCGGAAGCCGAUGCACAAAGCGGCGGCGAAUUAGUCGUGACGGGUGUCCCCGGAAUGGCUCCUCAGCUCAAGGCCCUCAACGGUUUCCUUUCUGCCUUUAGGAAAACCCUCACCAACCCACUCGAGAGAGAAUCAUGUGCUUUUGUCAUUCACGGUGGUCACGGCACAGGAAAGUCCUUCAUUCUGGAUCGCAUUGCUGCAACAAGAUGGGGCAAAGUGCACCGUAUCAAGCCCUUGGACAAAAUCGCAAGCAUGAGAGAAACUUUCAAGCUUGCGCAAAGUCAGCAACCGAGCAUCGUCCUAAUCGACGAUCUUGAAAACUUGAUUAGCAAGGAUCGCUCCAAUCGUGAUUCUGUCAUUGACCUACUGGGCGAAGAGUUGGAUCAACUUGCUACAAGCGCAGUGUCAAACGAUUCUCUACCUCAAGUUGUUGUUGUUGCUACGUGCUCCGACUUCCUUACUGAUAUUCCAAACCAGCUCCAGCGUUCAACGCGUUUUGAUAACCAUGCCCCAUUGACUAUCCCCAGGAUCCAAGAGAGACUUGAGAUUCUCGAGUUCCUCGAUCUACCCAUCAACCCAGCGGAAAAGCAGUCUAUUUUAUUGGAUCUAGCACAGAGGACACACGCAUACAGCCCAUUGGAUCUCAGAAGGCUGUGCACAAGAGUCAGAUAUGUCAUGGGACUCAGACUUCGAGAAGCAGGCGAUGACACAUUUUCGACCGAGCGUUUCUUGGAAACAUCGGAUAUCAACAAAGCCAAAAAGGCUAUUCGAUCCACAGCUAUGCGAGACAUCAACCUCAACCCUCCUACGAUCCAUUGGCGAGAUGUCGGUGGCCAAGAUGUUCUGAAAAAGGUGCUCAACAGAAUGGUCAAGUACACCAAGGAUCCCGAGGGGUCUCUUCGUCCUCCUCCAAAGGGCCUUCUUCUUUAUGGCCCUCCUGGUUGUUCCAAAACACUAUCCGCACAGGCUGCUGCCACAGAGUCCGGCUUCAAUUUCUUUGCCGUCAAAGGUGCAGAGCUACUCAACAUGUAUGUCGGAGAGACUGAACGUGCGAUCCGAACCCUGUUCGCGCGUGCGAGCAACGCAGCUCCUUCCAUCAUCUUCUUCGACGAAAUCGACUCCAUCGGCGGUCAACGGUCAGGAAGUGGCGCUGCUUCUCGCAGCACGGGCGCAGUCAACAUGCUCACAACCCUUCUCACUGAGAUGGACGGUUUCGAGCCCCUUUCGGGUGUUCUAAUCCUCGCCGCAACCAACCGUCCUGAGUCUAUGGACCCAGCCCUGAUGCGACCAGGCCGUUUUGAUCAACUCCUCUACGUAGGACCCCCUGACGAGGCCACCCGGGAAGCCAUUUUCAAGGUCCAUCUACGCGGUCUACCCCUUGCACCCGAUGUUAAUAUACCCAAACUUUCUCGUCUCGCCGAUGGGUACUCUGGUGCGGAGAUCAAGGCCAUUUGCGAUGAAACCUGCAUGGUUGUACAGGAGCGUCAUGACGAGGACGAGACCGAGAAGCUUGAGCUUGCCAUGGCUGAUUUGACUAUUGUGCUCGAGAGGACGCCCCGUAACAUUACGAAGCAGAUGAUUGAUGGCUACGAAAAGUGGCAUAAACUGCAUAAGAGGGGCUAG